AUGGCCACAGCAGCCUGGAGUACGGUGUUUAGGCUGUGGGCAAGGAAGCUGGAGGGCGCUCUCGGCCUCAACAACGGCGGGGGCCUUUCGUUCGUCGUUGACGACUCCAACCCGUGCUCGGUCGCCUGGACCUUUGGGGAUAGUUUCACCAUCACCGACCCCUCAUUGAUUCCGACUUGCCUGCUUGCCGCGCUGGUGGGCCUCUACGGGUUCCGCACCAUCUCGCAGCAUUCCAACACCAGAGGCCACGUGGUCUACGCGAUGUCCUUCCUCAUGUUCGCCUGCAUGAUGACCGAUGCCAUGUUUGUGCACUGCUUCCUGGCCAGCCAGAAGACAUUGCUGUCAUACCUGGUGGGCCUGAUUGAUGUGGGUCUCACCUCGUCCAUCGGUCUGUCCUUCCUCUACAACGGUCUUGUCGAUGUGGGCGUCAUGAAGGAGAACACCCUCUCUUCCUUUGUGGUCAUGUUCGGCAGCUACGCUCUCAUCUUCUGCGCCUGGGUCUAUGAAUUCCAGCACAGCAUUCGUGACGGCUUCCUGAUCCUCUAUCUGGGUAUCAUCAUGGUGGGCUGCGGCUCGUACUGCAUCACUCAAGUCUAUUCCCUGUACAAGAUGGGCCGCUGGGAGGGCUCUGGAUGGCUUGGCGUGGCGGGAUUGGCCGGUGGUGUCGGAGUGGCUGCUAUCUUCACGAACACUUGGCUCUGCACCAACGUCAGCCCUUACCUGUCGGGCGAGUUUGUUUGGUUCCUGCUGAGCGAUGUCGCAAUGUGGGGCAUCCUCAACUACUUCCUCAACCAUCAAGUGGCGCUCACUCCCACCAAGGAAAAGGAUCAAGUAACGUACAACAAGCUCACCAGUCAGGUCUAG